CAUACUGAUUGACACAAGCAGGUACGUAAGAUAACAGAUCUGUGCUGAAUCACAGCGGACCAAGAUUUCUGUCGCCCUGCAUCGGAGGAGUAAUACUGCGUGACGUCACAUGUAAACAGGAAAUCAAGCGAGCGAUGCUGUGAGGAGAAAGAGUUAAGAGCUGUCGGAUUUAAAACAUACACACACAAAUACAACGUAAGGACGUCAAUAACGGAGUUAAGACGGUAGACGUCUGAGGCUGGCCUCGGCAGGACCAGUCAGCAGAUUCUUUAAGGUCCAGACCGAGAGAGAUCCGCUCCUGCAGCACGACAAUCCUGUGAGGUGCUCACAGUGCCACACUGCGGCCAAAGAUGAGGACUGUUCAUCAAUCAUGAAAUUCCAAGUCUGCAAAAGGAAAGCCCGCAUUUGCAUUCAAAAAUAUGGCUGCAUCUUCCUAUUCUUGGUUGUGUUUGUCCUAAGCUGCGCAAUAGAUUUCAAGGACAUCAUGGAGUAUACUGUGAAGUCCAACAUCUAUAUCUCACAUACAGGCAGACAUUACAAUUUCUGCCAAUUCCAACCACUGACCCUUAAAGAGGCUUAUGAAGAACACCUCUUACUGAAGUCCAUUGCUUGGCCUAAAACUCCACCUUUACCAUUUCCUCUUUACCUGAGCAAGAUCAGUGAUCCCUCCCGCAGCACCUUCACCAUUCUCUCAGGGAGGGGAGGGGGACAAUGGCACAAAGGUGAUAAUCUGGAGGUUCUGGUCAAAAUGUACGACUUCCAUGGCCAUCCAAAGAAGUCUGGGGGAGACGUCUUACUCGCCCGACUGCACAACCCGACUCUUGGUGCAGGUGUGGCAGGACAAGUGGUGGAUCAUUUCAAUGGCUCCUACUCCACUGUAUUCUAUUUACCCUGGGAAGGAAACGCGGAGGUUGAGGUGACACUGGUUCACCCCAGUGAGGCAGUCACAGUGCUGCGCAGGCUGACCAAAAAACACCCUGACAGGAUUUACUUCAAGAGCCUCUUCCGCUCAGGCUCCAUCAGUGAAAUUACUACCUGUAACGUAUGUUUGCGUCCAACCCAGCGGCCUGUGUGCAACUACACUGACCUCCGUACAGGUGAGCCGUGGUUCUGCUACAAGCCAGAGAAUCUGAGUUGUGAUGCCAGGAUCGAUCACUCCAAGGAAAAGAUUAAACAAAGCUUCAUGACCAUGGAGAUACUUUUUCAAAGAGGUGUCAACAUGAAAGUCUUCAUUCCAGCUUCGGGAUCUGCCAAUGUCACUGUUUUGCCAAAAAAGAAAGAUAGAUUCAUGGUGAAUAGCCACGGAUUGAAGUCUAGACCCUCUGGCUACUACUACCGUGGUGUGUGGAGAGCAUUACAUGGCACCACAGUUCAUCAGUUCAACACUUCCUCAGCCAUCAGUCAGUGUCUGAAAGGAAAGGUGGUUCAUAUGUAUGGAGACUCCACCAUCAGGCAGUGGUUUGAAUACUUUAACGCAACACUACCAGAUCUGAAGGAGUUUAACCUGCAUGGCCAGAAAAAAAUUGGACCUUAUAUGGCUCUGGACGAUGCACACAACAUCUUGGUGACAUACCGCUGCCAUGGUCCACCUAUCCGGUUUUCCAAAGUCCCAGUCAGCGAGCUGCGUUACAUUGCCAAUGAGCUAGACAGUGUGACUGGAGGCAAUGACACUGUUGUAGUUCUUGGCAUCUGGGCACACUUCAGCACUUUCCCCAUUGAGCUCUACAUUCGGCGUCUGCAGAGCAUCCGCAGGGCAGUGGUGCGACUGCUGUCCAGGGCUCCAGACACACGGGUUGUCAUUCGAACUGCAAAUCCCAAAAAUUUGACACUGUAUGAGACAAUCACCAACAGUGAUUGGUACUCACUGCAGCAGGACAAGGUACUUAAGACAAUGUUUAAAGGAUUGAAUGUCCAUCUGGUGGAUGCUUGGGAGAUGGUCGUGGCCCACUACCUUCCACACAGUCUCCACCCACAACCUCCAAUUAUUGAAAACAUGAUUAAUGUUCUCUUGUCCUACAUAUGCCCUAAAAAGGGUUGACUAGAUAUAUUUGUUUUCCAGACAUCCUUGCAUAUCCUCCAUUCUUGAACUAUAAAACAGGCUGAGGUUGGGUCUAAUGAUGAACGAUAUUUAACUGAGCCUUUGGAUUGUCAAGCAACAAUCCAGGAAAUACUGGAACUCACGAACUGAUCCAUAAGCAGGAUUUACAUAAGGUAAUUUUGCCUCAUGCAUAGGCUCAGUCCUAAUAAACCAAUUUAGACACUGAAUAUUUUAACAACAAAAAGUUGUAAUUGUAAAGUUGUAAAGUUACUCAUCGAGCAGUUUGCUGAUUACCUCAAAGAUGUAACCUGGACUCUGCUGCCUCAGCUCCAAGGAAAAUGUCUUUCACCACAGUUAUCUUUUCAGUGCAACAGUUGUAUUUUUGAGACACAGUUUUGGACACACUUUAACCUUUAUGUUCAAAACUCAAUAGUGCAUAAAUAACCAUUCAAAUGCAGGUGGCAUUGAACAAAGUGAGAAAUAAUUCAAAUGACUGGAUAAAAAUGUAAAGUACCUAAUUUAAUGGCAGUUUUAAAAGGACAAAAAAAAUCUCAAAAUAGUCACUGAUUAUAAAUUAAAUAAUAAUGAAUAUUAUGUGAAAGCCAUGUAAAAUACGACAUUUUACACAACACUGCCAGUGAAUUUACAUCUAUUUCUAAAGCAGUGGUGGGAGCGUAAACCUUCAUGUAGACCAACUUCUCAGGUACUUCCUCUACAGUUAGAUGUUUACUAAAAAUUUCAAAUGAAUUUUGUGGAUUCACAAAAGAUGUUUCUAAGCUACAAGCUCUUGCAUAGGCAAUAGACUAUUAAAAUUUGGAUGGCUUACAAUUUUCUCCAACUUAAUAAAGAGGAAAACAGAAGUCCUUGUUUGUGGCCCCCACACAUUUGUGUCUAAAGUAAUGGAAAUUCUAGAGCCCCUUCACACAUUUGCUACAUCUAUCAGGAAUUUUGGCUUCACUUUGGAUGCUCAUGUUAAAUCUCUGAUCUGCUCUUGCUUCUGUCCCUUUAGAAAUAUUGUCAAGUUGAGUUCUAUUGUGUCACACUGUGAAUUGGAAAUUUUUCUUCAUCCCUUUAUUGCAUUAAAUCUGGAUUACUGUAAUUCAUUGUUUACUUGUCUUCGCAAAGCUUCCUGGUCACAUCUGCAGGUUGUUCAGAACGCCACUACGAGGCUCCAAAUUCUUCUAAAUACUCACAUGUAACACCGUUGCUAAUUCAGUUGCACUCACUCCCCAUUAACUUUGGAGUCCACAUUAAGAUUCUGGUUUUGACUUUUCGAGCUCUUCAUGGAUGGGCACAAGCAUACAUCAGUGAACGUUUACAUCCAUAAUCCCCAGCAGGUCCCUGAUUUCAUGUGCUCAGCUAAAAACAUCUUUUUAAACUUGCUUCUGGGUAACUUAUGUUUUUAUGUUCUAGUAUUUUGGUUGUGAACGCACUUUGUGAUAUUUAUCUUGAAAGCUGUUAUAUAAAUAAUUUGAUAUAACAAC